ACAUCAACACCAUAAAGUCCCUCAGGGUACUGCGAGUCCUAAGGCCCCUGAAGACCAUCAAACGACUGCCCAAACUCAAGGCUGUGUUUGACUGCGUGGUCAACUCUCUGAAGAACGUGCUCAACAUCCUCAUCGUCUACAUGCUCUUCAUGUUCAUCUUCGCUGUGAUCGCAGUGCAGCUGUUCAAGGGCAAGUUCUUCUACUGCACCGACGAGUCUAAAGGUCUGGAGAAGGACUGCAGGGGUAAGUUUCUGGACUAUGACCGUGAUGACGUAGCGGCCCAGGAUCGUGAGUGGAGAAAGUAUGAGUUCCAUUAUGACAACGUGCUGUGGGCCUUCCUCACCCUCUUCACCGUCUCCACCGGGGAGGGCUGGCCAAUGGUCCUAAAGCAUUCUGUGGAUGCCACCUAUGAGGACCAGGGUCCCAGCCCAGGCUUCCGUAUGGAGACCUCUAUCUUCUAUGUGGUCUACUUUGUGGUCUUUCCCUUCUUCUUCGUCAACAUCUUUGUGGCUCUCAUCAUCAUCACCUUCCAGGAGCAGGGAGACAAGGCCAUGUCAGAGUGUAGUCUGGAGAAGAACGAGAGAGCUUGUAUCGACUUUGCCAUCAACGCCAAGCCUCUGACGCGUUACAUGCCAGCAGACAAGCAGUCGUUCCAGUAUAAGAUGUGGAAGUUUGUGGUGUCGCCGCCCUUUGAGUACUCCAUCAUGACCAUGAUCGCACUCAACACUGUGGUGCUGAUGAUGAAGUUUCACGGUGCUCCGGAACUGUACGAGGCCAUGCUGAAGUACCUGAACAUAGUGUUCACAGCUCUCUUCACACUGGAGUGCAUCCUGAAGAUCAUCGCUUUUGGACCACUGAAUUACCUGAAGGCAGCCUGGAACGUGUUUGACUUUGUGACAGUAUUGGGGAGUAUCACGGACAUCUUGGUCACAGAGAUUAAGACGGACAAGCUGAUCAACCUGAGUUUCCUAAGGCUGUUCAGGGCGGCCAGGCUCAUCAAGCUAUUGAGGCAGGGCUAUACCAUCCGCAUCUUGCUAUGGACCUUUGUCCAGUCUUUCAAGGCCCUACCUUACGUCUGCCUCCUCAUCGCUAUGCUCUUCUUCAUCUAUGCCAUCAUCGGCAUGCAGGUGUUUGGAAACAUUGAGCUGAAUGAGGAAUCGGCCAUCAACCACCACAACAACUUCCAGACAUUCUUUCAGGCUCUGAUGCUUUUGUUCAGGAGUGCAACAGGCGAGGCGUGGCAUGAGAUCAUGCUGUCGUGUCUGAGUAACCGUCCGUGUGAUAAACUGUCAGGGUCUGGAGGGAAGGAGUGCGGCAGUGACUUUGCUUAUUUCUACUUUGUCUCCUUCAUCUUCCUCUGCUCCUUCCUGAUGCUCAACCUUUUUGUGGCGGUCAUCAUGGACAACUUUGAGUACCUAACCAGAGACGCUUCCAUCCUGGGGCCUCACCACCUGGACGAAUUUAUCCGCGUCUGGGCUGAGUACGACCCUGCUGCCUGUGGCCGUAUGACCUACCUUGAUAUGUAUGAGAUGCUCCGCCACAUGUCCCCUCCACUAGGUUUGGGAAAGAAAUGCCCGCCCAGAAUCGCCUACAAGCGAUUGGUCAAGAUGAACAUGCCCAUCGCCGAUGACAAUACGGUGCACUUCACGUCCACUCUGAUGGCUCUCAUCCGCACCGCUCUGGAGAUCAAACUGGCAUCUGGGGUCCUGGCCCAGCGCCUGUGUGACGCUGACCUGAGGAAGGAGCUCUCCAGAGUCUGGCCCAACCUGCCUCAGAAGACAGUUGACCUGCUGGUCACACCAUAUAAAAUUGAUGAGUUCAAUGAGCUCAUAUGCCCCUUUGCGGUUGUAAACCGAGAGCUGACAGUGGGGAAGGUCUAUGCUGCCCUCAUGAUCUUUGACUACUACAAGCAGAACCGGGCCAAGAGACUGGAACAGCAACUGGGACUGGACUUCACAGGGACAAUUAAGAAUAAAAAGGGUGCAGCCUUCUUCCGCCCCAUGAUGCCCUUGACCCAUAUGCAGGAGGAGACGCCAAUCACCACUGCCAAGCCCCCGCCCCCCUCACAACCUGAACCAGAGCCUCAGCCAGAGCCCCCACCUGCCACCACCUCUCUAACCAAUGGGGACACAGUACCAAGCCCUAGAAGUGCCAUAAAAGAGUCUGUAUCAGGAGACCAGCUGUCUGAGGAGGGCCAGCGGUCCAGCACUAGAAGGAGGACUCCACAGAGGGGCCAGACAGAGGACGUGCCCUACUCCAUCAAACCUCAGGAAUCAGUGGAGAUGAGGCAGGUGGAUAACGAUGCUGAUAUAGAGGGCUACUUUGGGCUGGAGGGCCAUGGCAGAGCAGCCUCCAUGCCUAGACUGGACUCCCAGUACUAUCGGAACCACCCUCGCCACCUACCUGGGACCUACCUGGCACCUAUCGCUGACAUCAGUCCUAUCAGGCGGUCGGCGUCCACGUUGGCUUCCCAGCGCCCCCAUGAGGUGAGUCUGAGGGACUACACCCUGGAGAGGCCUAGCCAGGCCCAGGCCCAGUCAUCCUCAGCCCCAGGCCAGGCUCAGGAUAGGCCCUACCACCAUCACCACCACCACCGCUGUCACAGACGCAGGGACAAGGACAGGGACAAGAAGCAGAAGUCACUCGACAGGGCAUCCAGCGUGCAGCCUUCUAGUACAGCAGGUUUGCCUGCUGACCCUGUCGUGGAGGGCUUGUCCAGGGAGCGGGCAAGGGAGCGUGACCGUGGCAGGCCUCAGGAGAGGAGGCAUCACUCUGCUGCUGGGGAGAAGCAGCGCUACUACUCCUGUGAGCGCUACGGAGGCAGGGAACACUACCACACCAAGUCAGCCGGCCCGAGCCGCUCCACCUCCCCUGGAGAGACCCACGACCUAGGCCUCUUCAAGCAGUGUAUCGGCAUGGCUAAAGGCAGCCAAGUGGUCUUAACCUCAGCGUCCAGCACGCCCUGCCGUGGGCGCAGACAGCUCCCCCAGACCCCCCUCACACCCCGCCCCGCCGUGGCCUACAAGACCGCCAACUCCUCACCCAUGCAGUUUGGUGCCACAGGGCAAAAGUCCCGUCUCAGCCGUGGCCUCUCGGAGCAUAGCGCCCUGCUGGAGUCACCCUCCAUGCCCGUCACCCACAUCAGCUCAGACCCCAACCUGAGCCCCCAGCCGCGGGGUGCCCCUCCACGCAGCCUCCCUGAGGAGCCUGAUGACUUCCAGGACGCUGUGAGCACCCAUGGAGGGGGAGGUGGCCGCUCCCCCAGGACCUCUGCCUCAGCCUCCCAUGGGGCUACUGAGCCUUCCUCUGCAUCUGCCCCACAGGGCCGGGCUGGGGUCCCAAACGGGUACCACUUCACUCUGGGGGUCAACGCCGGUUCGAGUUCUAACACCAGAGGAACUGGGAGCUUCCGGGAGAAAGAAGAGGAUGACUGGUGCUAGCGUAGCUUAUCUAACAUCCCCCUUCACAUGUCUGAAAGCGUUUUAGCUUGAACGUUGAUGAACUCGCUCAUCUUUUGUACAGAUUACAGUACAGUGUUGAUAAUAUAUAAUAUAUGCCAUUUAGCAGAUGCUUUUAGCCAAAGCAAUUUACAGUCAUGUGUGCAUACAUUGUAUGUA